AAAAGGGCCAAUUUUUGUCAGAUCCUGCAAACAUCAGCAGUCCAAUGUUAGCUAAUAAGUUUAGCAGAAAAAAUAGUCCGGCUCUAAUGUCUCUGGGACCGUACAAUGGUAUUUUCCAUCUAACACUAUCACAGUUCUGUCAGAUUUAUUUUUAAACUUAAUUUUACUGUUGAAUUAUUUGUAAUAGUUAUUCAGUUUUGUGUAGUUAUCAAGUUAAAUAUUGUUAAUGCAGGGCUAUCUACCAAAAUUCGUAUUUUUGCUGCGCGCCACACCACACAGCAAUUAGAUUAAUUGUGAAUUUGUCUGCGCGCGCUCCCGGGUGUGUGUGCGUGCGUGCGUGCGCUUGUGUAUUGGUGCUGAAGUUGCAUUGCAGGGGUGGGACUCCUGCAUUCUCAUCUUCAUCGUCAUGCGCAGCGGAAAACACACAAUUGAGAUUUAAAAACACAUAUCUGAUCUGACCUGACCACACACGCACGCGCACCCCUUCAGAUGUAAUCGGAUCGUGCACACUCAUCUGAUGCGUUAGUGCUUGAUAAUUGAUGGAUGAAAGUCUGCAUGAGCACGAGAGGGAGAAACAGAGACUCCUAAAGUUCAAUCGUGACAACUCUGCCAGCUUUAUGAGAACCAAUCAGACGCAUGGAAGCCUUUCAUGACUGAAGUUGGCAUUUAGAUAAUGCGUUCUUGGAUGCUCACCAGACAUUAUCUGACCUAGAAUCGGUCAUCCUAGGAACCCAGAGUUUACCGCUUUGGUUUUCUGCUUCACAGUUAAGUGUUUUAUCAGGUGGCAGUAUGUCUGUGAAUGGUCAGGAUAUUUCAGAAUAUCAUCUGAGCGUGGUACUUGAUCCUCCUGGAUGGGAGGUGUGUUUGUAUGCGUUUGGGUUCUUGCUUCUGUUUGCAGUGGUUAUAGUGAAUCUCUGGAAGUUAUUUAAAUCCGGCUCCUUCCCGGCUCCCUCUCCGUUUCCCAACUUCAACUACCGAUACCUGCAGGAAAAAUAUGGCUCCUCCCACUCAGAGAUCAGACAGAAGCGUGUCGCAGCUAACAACCAGCGGAGGGUGUCGUCAGCGAGUCGAAAACCGAGUUUCCAGCUGUUGGAUACCCCCGACGGGUUUCGAGAACUGGGAACGCUGGAGCUGAUGAGCCGAGAGCUGGAUCCCAGCGGCACCCUGAAUCGAUCCAUGUCCUCCGAAUCCCUGUGUUCCAUCUCGUCCGUCGCUCAAACCUUCGGACACGACUUCACGGUGGGCCAGCUGGAGAUCACGCUGGAGCUGGACUCUCGAAACUCGGUUCUGCUCGUCUCGCUGCACCAGGGUAAAGACCUGCUGGAGAAAGAGGAGGAGAACUUCCCUGGGUGCUACAUCAGCGUCAUGCUGGUCCCUCAGCAGAUCAGUCUGGGGGCCACACAGGUUCAAAGAAACGCCUUCACCGUGGUGUUCGAUGAGCGCUUCUCUAUCCCGUCAGACUCUGUGAAUCUGGACGAGAACAGUCUGAGGUUCUCGGCUUUCGGCGUGGAUUCAGAUGAACGAAACAUUAGUGCCGGCGUUGCCGAACUGAAACUGUCAGAUCUGGAUCUUUCAGUCCGCCCGUUUAACGCCUGGCUUUACCUCCAGGACAUCAACAAGGCCGUGGACGCUGUUGGUGAAAUACUGUUAUCUUUAAGUUAUUUGCCCACUGCAGAGCGACUCACUGUGGUCGUGGCCAAAGCAAAGAAUCUGGUCUGGAGCAAUGGAAAGACUACAGCAGAUCCGUUUGUUAAAGUCUACUUGCUCCAGGAUGGCAGAAAGAUCAGUAAAAAGAAAACCUCCAUAAAAAGAGACGAUACAAACCCCAUCUUUAAUGAGGCCAUGAUCUUCUCAGUGCCUGCAGUCGUUCUGCAGGAUCUUUCUCUGAGAGUGACCGUCGCUGAGAGCACAGAGGACGGGCGAGGUGAAAACAUAGGUCACGUGAUCAUCGGACCAGAAGCCAGUGGAAUGGGAAUAACUCACUGGAACCAGAUGCUUGCCACACUGCGAAAACCAGUUUCAAUGUGGCACCCGCUCCGGAGGACCUAAUUCAUGACCCCUAACCUCUGACUCUCGUCUGCAUGGUGCCUACUGUCGAGCAGUCGUAGCAGUGAAGACGUUGAAUAUGUUGAGUCCCGAAACAGCAGUCUGGUCGCACACACUGCAGAUAGGGAUGGAUGGAUCUAUAAAAGAUAAUUUAAGUGGCUCAGGAUGACUCCUGGAAGGGUCUAUGAAAUCCAGGUUUUAUUAUCCAGGUUAAAUCCAUUUGUACAUAUUGAUAACAGGGUGGCUGGCUGAUCGUCUGGGAGCGUAUAAGAGAUGCGAAUAGCAGUAGCCACAUUUUGUUGUGCUAGACAUUUAAAGCAUAUAAAGAAUGACAUGUUUGGCUAUAAAUACUUUUUGGAGGGGUGACUACUUUUAUUUUCUCUGCUUGAUAAAGUUAAGGCAUACUAACAACCUUGGGGUUAUCUAUCCCUUUUCUCAGGCAAGUGUAAUUACACUUAUUAGCCUAAUGGUGGCACCAUUGAGCCACAUCAUGUGCAGCAUUGAGUUUCCAGAGAUAUUUUUGUUUCCCAUAUUGGCUUUUAUGUCAUUUAAAAUCAAAGCACCAAACUAUCAUGAACUUAUAGAUAAUGCGUUCAACAACUAGGUGACGUUUAUAAAAAAAGUAUGAUUAAGUUAUAGGAUUAGUCUGGUUACUUUAAACAGCAGUCACAUAGGUACUUCAUUUCUAAAAAUUCAACUUUGAUCCGAUUUGUUUCAUGUAGCCAAUUUAUAAACUUCAGCAGAAUGCUUGUGCUGUUUAGUGCAAUUGAAGGAUGUUUUUGCCCAGAUUAUUUACUGUAAGAUUUUAAAUGUUCAAACUAUCAAGUAUUUACAUGUUGCACACAUUUGUGUUAUCUUAAUGAAAAGGAGUGCAAUCAUUUUUACCAAAAUAUAUAUUGUUGGAUGUUACAUAUAGUUAUUUAAUUAAACAAUAUAUGAUAUUAAAACCAUGUAGCGCAAGUAACUACAAAAUGAUGUACAAUAUUGUGACAGUUUUCACUGGAUUAUCAAAAAACAGAGUAGCCUAGUCUUUUACAUUACUUCAUUACAAGAAACACGUACUUUGUAGUUUUGUACUUUGUAACACGUUACUCCAACCACAACCAUUCAUAUUUCAUCUUUUCUUUGGUAAAACAGAAAAUAAAUAAAAAAUAAUCAGAUUUCUGCAAUAAUUAAAUAUCUGAUGACAGAAUGUACAAACUUCAUGCCAAAAUCUGUGACUCACAUCUUAUUACAUCAAACACAUUUUGUAGUACGAAUAGUUUCUUGCAGUCAUUCAUUUUCUGUGAUAAAGUGCAGCAGAUGCUGGUUCAUUUUUACUACUAACAAUAUUUAAUGCGUUACACUUCUGUGCCAAAUUCAUUCUAAUAAAAGCAAUAUUUCCAUUUGCAGUGGACAUCUAAUGUUGGUGAACUUUAACAAUUUAAAGAAUGGUAUACUUUACAAUGCAUGCACGUGUGAUGUACAACAUAUUGCAAUCAAAUGAGUUGUUUAAAUAAAAGAAGCUUUGUGUGAUUUGUUUCA